GUUGCUACAUUAUUUGGAAGUUCCAAUGGGCUGAAAGUAACCGUAGAAGUGGCAAAGAGUAUCCAAGCAAAUGCAUUUAUCCAGCAUGAUAUAUUUCAAGAAUUUAAGAUUACUGAGGAAGUUACUACUUUCAAAAUCAGUUUGAAAAGCCUUGUUGAGUGUCUUAGCAUCUUCGGGGUGUCAUCAUCUCCAGGAGUGACACCCUCACUGAAGAUGUAUUAUGAUGGUCAUGGUACCCCACUGGAAAUAAUAUUAGAGGAGGGAGGAGUUGUGACAGAUUGCAAGAUACGCACACAAGAAGCUGAUGAUACACUUGACUUCAACUUCACUAACACAGGAGUGCUGAAUAAAAUAAUAAUGCGGUCUGAAGUUCUAAAGGAAGUCUUUUCCGAGUUGGAUACAUCAAGUGAUGUUUUAGAAAUAUUAAUGUCACCUGAUGCCCCUUAUUUUCGUUUAACUACGUAUGGCACUUAUGGAACAAAUCAUAUUGAUAUGCCAAAGAAUAGCGAUAUGGUCGAGCAUUUCAUGGUUAAAAAAACAAUGUCCCAAAAGUACAAACUUAAUUUACUAAAACAUUGUAAUAAAGCCCUUGCAGCAUCCCAGAAAGUUUCAGUAAGGACAGAUGACAGAGGGUUUCUAUGUUUCCAGUUCAUGAUAAAAACAGAAGACAGUCACAUCUGCUUUGUGGAGUUUUUUUGUUGCCCAGAAGAGGAAGAUGAUGACUGAAAUCAACCACUAUUGUGUGAAUAUAAGUUAUUAUAUCACUAGAAAUUGUUAGUACAGUAUAUCAUUGGAUAUAAGCAAAGGAUAUAUUUUAUAGUAUUUUUAUUUUUAAUAUAUUUUUUUAUAAAUGGAA